CCGUAGGGGCCUUAGUUACGGAAGCCGGGGAGGGCUGAGCACAAGGUCUACCUCGAGGAAGUUAACCUCGGAAGCCGGGAUAGUGGUAGAGAAGAGCUAUUUCAGGUCCAAUGGCGACUGUGGAAGCAAGCGACAGCGAUGGGAAAGGGCAAGGGGCCGAGACCUCCGUCACAUAUUAUCGAUUGGAGGAGGUGGCGAAGCGCAACUCCAUGAAAGAGAUAUGGCUGGUGAUGCACGGGCGAGUCUACGAUAUUACCCGUUUCCUUAACGAGCAUCCUGGGGGAGAAGAGGUUCUGCUGGAACAAGCUGGUGCAGAUGCAAGUGAGAGCUUUGAAGAUGUCGGCCACUCCGCUGAUGCCAGAGAAAUGCUAAAGCAGUACUAUAUUGGUGAUGUGCAUCCGAAUGACCUUAAACCUGAAAGUGGUAGCAAGGACCCUUCGAAAGAUGCUCCAUGCAAAAGUUGCUGGUCGUACUGGAUUUUGCCCAUCCUAGGCGCUAUUGUCUUAGGUUUCCUGUACCGUUACUACACGGCGGAAAGCAAAUCCUCCUGAGGAGACCAUGUGGAAGUUGGAAAGCAUAUCCAUUGGGAGUGCGAGCUAGAGACUCGUUUGGAGGCAGAGCGAUGCCCUCUUCUCGAAUCCUGCUGGGUGUGUGCUUCCCCCUUGGAGGCCAGAUGGUUGGCCAGACGCCCACCCCAGACCUGGGGCCAGUGUCCUUCAUUUCCCAGAGCCUUACUCCCAAAGCACCUGCUCAUUGUUCUGUGUCCCUGCCAAUGCCCCUCCCUCCGCUGGCUUCCACCAGCCCCUUCGUGUUUCUGAACUUGGUUUUAUAAUUACAAUCCGAAUGUCCUAGUGACAUUGUCCUUUGGUGAAAAUGCCUGCUUUCCAGUUCCUUGAUGUACAUCAGACGUUCUUAACAGGGCAACACACUGGUUCUGAAGCUUUCCUUUUUCCAUUUUUCUUCUGACUUCAUUCUAUUAUUUAUCAUAAGGGGUUUAAUUAAUGAAGUAAAGUUGCACACCUGUGACAAAACACAACUGCCAGAUGA